AUACGUAGUGAUAAAGUGAAAGCAGUUUUUCUUCAGGAACCGUUUAUUUAUUGCGUUGACAUACAAUACAGACUCGAAUAAGAGUACCUUCAUUGAGACUAGCAUGCUCAAAUGCAGUUGUAAAUUAACACACAUUGAAUGAAAAUUAAUUUGAAAUGUUGUUUGCAUGGUCAGAUUACAUAGUCCGGAUCCGUGUACAAUCAUCACUAGAAGAACUCCUAAAUCUUUUCACCAGAACCUUUGAAAAGUGGACCUCAUAAGUUGAACGAAUUGCCUUUACAAUAAGGAAAUUGCUUUUGUUAGUAAUACUGAAAAAUAUGAUCAUAACGCUGAAUCACACUGUCGCUCGAAUUGUAUAGUCGUUCCAGAUUAUAAAUUAAGAUAUUGGCUCAGAAUAGUGUAACUUUUUAUCAAAAACAGAUGAAACCUGAUACCUCGAAUAACUUUAACGACUCAGGAUGGAGAUUGAGCCAUUGAUAAACAACCGUACCUGAAAUCUUCAUAUCAUCGCGUUGCAUUUCAUUCCACCAGUAUACCGUUCGCGAACGAUUUGCCCAUCUCCAUUGCAUACCGGUCUGCGAUUUUAUCACUGUUUACGGCACGACAUUUAUGGUUUGUUGCAGCACAGAUUCCAACUGUCAACACGAAGUGUCAGAGCGCCUAGAGAAAGUUUUCGCAUCGGUAGGAGAAAGCAUCCUUACGCCGGAAUCAUUUUGAUUUCUAGUCUAUAUAGUGCAAAUUUGUUCUAUUUCUCACGGAAUCUGAUGCCGCAAAUGGCUUCAAAUACAGAGGAUUUCUACCUACGCUACUACGUCGGUCACAAGGGGAAGUUUGGUCAUGAAUUUCUAGAGUUCGAGUUCCGUCCUGAUGGCAAGCUGCGGUAUGCCAACAAUUCCAACUAUAAAAAUGACACCAUGAUCCGCAAGGAGGCAUACGUGCAUCAGUCUGUGAUGGAGGAGUUGAAGCGUAUUAUUGUUGAUUCGGAAAUCAUGCAAGAGGAUGACUCGCUGUGGCCACCACCGGAUCGGGUUGGAAGACAGGAGUUGGAAAUUGUUAUCGGUGAUGAACAUAUUUCCUUUACGACCUCCAAAACGGGUUCACUGGUGGAUGUCAACCAAUCCAAAGACCCCGAAGGCUUGCGGUGUUUCUACUACUUGGUACAGGAUUUGAAGUGCCUCGUUUUCUCGCUGAUCGGUUUACAUUUCAAGAUUAAACCAAUCUAAUGGGGCGUUUGUCGUGGGACAGAAGAAACUUCUGUUGUCUUGGAGUUUCGAACAGCAUUAAAUCUGUAAUUCAACAUUGCAUUGUAGAACCAAUUAUCUUAUCUAAUCGGAGCUAACCCAAAUAUAACAUUUGAUAUAAAA